UCCAUCAUGUCUGCCAUGCGGUCCCGCCGGCUCGGCCGCGAGCUGAACGAGCUAAACAAGGUUGUCACCCAGCGCCAGAAGGCGUUGGAGGAUCUGCAAGUGGCCCAGCGCGAUCUCGCGGCCGCCGAGGCCGCCCAAAACGCCGCCGCCCUGUCGUGCGCCAAUGCGCGCAUCACCCAGGCCAAAAUUUCGGCCAGCUCCUGCGAGCCCUUCGUCAGCGUCAAGGCCGACGACCUGAAGGAGUGGCAGAUCGAAAUCUGCGGCAGCUCCGGCACCCUGUACGAGGGCGAGCUCUUCAACCUGCGCUUCCGCUUCGAUGACAACUACCCGAUCGAGAGCCCGGAGGUGGUCUUCGUCGGCAAGCCGCCCCUCCACCCGCACGUCUACUCCAACGGCCACAUCUGCCUGUCGAUCCUCUACGACCAGUGGUCCCCGGCCCUGACCGUGCAGGCUCUCUGUGUGUCCAUCGCCUCGAUGCUGGCCAGCGCCGAGUCCCGCACCGCGCCCCCCAACGACCAGGCCUACGUGUCCAAGCGCAUCGAGUCCCCGAAGAAGGUCCAGUGGACUUUCCACGACGACAAGUGCUAAUUUCCUCGAUGAGUACUUGUGGCCCCCUCCCCUCGGCCUCCUCUUCUGUCCUUCGGCCUUCCGCCUCACUUCUCACCUUUCCCCUUCCCUCCCCCCCUGCAAUGGCCGCGCCCCUGCCAUCACAGCGGCUCCAAUAGAUCCAGCACUGCCUGCCCAUGCCCCCCUCCCCUUCCCCUCUUUCCGA